ACAGACUAAAUAAAUUAUAAGAGACAGUGUACUGUGUAGAGUAGAGGCGUAAGGUAGUUUAGAAAAUAGAGGAGAGUACAGCGGCGGCAGCGCUAUGGACGGUCGUGGUCGUGAUCGGGGGCGUUGCUCUUCUCCAUUCAAACAUCCUAUUCCUCCCAAUUCACCAGCAGCAGUUGGUGGUGGUGGAGGUAGCGGUAGUAAUUCGUCAUCUGAUUACAAGAAGAAGCAAAAUUCUUCUCCGCCAUCUGAUUCUGGCGAAACCAAGUUGAACAUUUUUGAUAUAUGCCCUCCCAAACAAGAUGGAAUCGUUGUUUUGAACCCUCCUUUGUUUGCAAAGAACCGAGAAAGAAGGAACGAAAUGAAACAACGUGGUGAAAGAGGACAAGUAUUGAGGGAAGGGAUGGUCCUUUUGAAGGGUUACAUCCCAUUAAUAGAUCAGGUGAAGAUUGUCAAAAGGUGCAGGGAUUUGGGGAUGGGUAGUGGAGGAUUCUACCAGCCAGGUUAUGGGGAUGGCACAAAACUGCAUUUGAAGAUGAUGUGUCUCGGCAAAAACUGGGAUCCUGAGACAAAUCAAUACAGUCUCCAACGACCAUUUGAUGGGGCUAAACCACCCCACAUUCCUCCAGAUUUCCACCGCUUGAUUCAGGAAGCAAUCCGGGAUUCUCAUGCCCUCAUUCAACAGCAUUCUAAAACUAAAACUAAUCCACAACUCAUACUUCCCUCCAUCUCACCAGACAUUUGUAUUGUCAACUUUUACUCACAAGACGGCCAGCUCGGUCUUCAUCAGGACAAGGAUGAAAGUGAACAAAGUCUUCAGCAAGGCUUGCCAGUGGUAUCCUUCUCCAUCGGAGACUCAGCUGACUUUUUGUAUGGUGAUGACAGGGAUAUGGACAAGGCCAAAAAGGUUGUUCUAGAAUCUGGAGAUGUUUUGAUUUUUGGUGGCAAGUCUAGAAAAAUCUUUCAUGGCGUAACGGCUGUUCACCCAACCACUGCCCCCAACCUCUUGCUGAAACAAACAAAUCUACGCCCUGGCCGACUCAAUCUUACUUUCAGACAGUAUUAAUUAAAACUUCCAUUAGCAUAGUAUACUAUGCAUGCAACCUACAUUGAUUAUGAAGAAGAAGAAUCCCGUGCUAACUUCUCGGUUUCUUUUCAUCAUGGAGUUUUCUGGCAAUGUGCUUGGAUAAUUCAAUUUCUCAACCCCAAGGUAAGUUCUUUCUAGUUCUGUAUGUGUGUAAUGUAUUGCGUAUUGACUAUUGAGGAUUCCCGUUAUAUCUAAGUAUUGUUUUACGGUUGCCAGACUUAGUAUUACAUUGUUAACAGAACUACUAUUCCUUGAAUUCAAACCUUUCUAAUUUGCUUCA